AUGGCACCCAACGUCGGCGGCAAGGUCUACAUCGUCGAGCAUCUUGACCCGGAGCUUGGACCCUGGUCUGAACUGGAGUAUGUUGCCAUCGCCGAGGAAUCUCGGGAAUCAGGGAGCAGUUUCACCCUCUCGUCCCUGCCGGACGGGUUCAAGGUCCCCGAGUCCCUGAAGGCUAUCCCGGUCUUCAAAGCCACGCAGAAUAGCGUCGAGAACAUCUACGCCGCCACCAAGAACACGGUCUGCCUGCUUGACCCGGCAGCCGAGAAGGAUCUGUCGCCCGAGGAUGCCCAGGAGUUCGGCACGUUUCUGUUUGGUGGAAUUCUAGGCGAUGAUCCCCCACGAGAUCGGACCUCCGAGUUGAGGAAGAAAGGCUUUCCGGGACGCCGACUUGGUCCUGUCCAGAUGACUACCGACACGGCCGUGCGGGUGACACGAAUGGUGAUCCAGCAACAAAUCCCUCUGAAGGACAUUCCCUACGUCGAUCAUCCUGAUUUGAAAAUCAACGAGCAUGAGAGCACCGAGAUGCCGUUUCGCUACGUGAAGGGAGAAGAUGGCCAGCCCAUCAUGCCCAAGGGCAUGAGGGAGUUGAUCGGGAAGGACGCGGACAAGGCUAUAGAUGACCUGUUCUAG